CGGCCAACAAGAAAAGGAGCUCUCCAUCUUCUCAGUAAUCAAAACCGAGGACUACCAAUAAUUUCAAUCUUCUUCUUCUUCUCUCGGCCUCUGCCUCUGAAAAUCACAUUCAUAUCCUUCAAUUUCGGCGAAGAACUCUCGGAUUUUUUUUGAAUCGGGCGCAAUUUCCGAGUGAAUCGGAAGCUUCGGGAGUUGGUUGACCCUGAACUCGCAUGGCAGGCGAGGACAGCGAUGGACAGUAAGAAGCAAGACGAGGAUCAGACCGAUAGCAGCGAUUACACCUCAGAGGACGAAGGAACUGAGGAUUACCGGCGAGGAGGCUACCACGCCGUUCGAAUUGGCGACACUUUCAAGAAUGGUAGAUAUGUGGUUCAGAGCAAGCUCGGUUGGGGCCAUUUCUCCACUGUUUGGCUUGCCUGGGACAUCCAAUCCUCUCGAUAUGUGGCUCUCAAAGUACAGAAGAGCGCUCAGCACUAUACUGAGGCAGCUAUGGAUGAGAUUACAAUCUUGAAACAGAUUGCAGACGGAGACGCUGAUGAUAAGAAAUGUGUGGUGAAGCUUUUGGAUCAUUUCAAGCAUUCUGGACCUAAUGGGCAGCAUGUUUGUAUGAUUUUUGAGUAUUUGGGGGAUAAUCUAUUGACACUAAUCAAGUAUACUGACUACCGUGGAUUACCAAUUCAUAUGGUUAAGGAGAUAUGUUUUCAUAUAUUGGUUGGUUUGGAUUACUUGCAUAAACAGCUCUCUAUUAUACAUACUGAUUUGAAGCCUGAAAAUAUUCUGUUACUUUCGAUGAUUGACCCAUCAAAGGAUCCCAGAAAAUCUGGCACCCCUCUUAUUCUUCCAACUAGCAAGGACAAGGCGACAUUGGAGUGUGGGAUUUCGAAAGACAUAAAAUUAUCAAAUGGGGAUUUUACUAAACACCACAAGAGAAACAUUCGACGAAAGGCGAAGCAAGCUGCUCAGGGAUGUGUGGAGAAGGAAAUGACUGCGGAGGCUGAUGCUAAUGCAGAGACAUCUCGUACCACUGAAUCAUCUCCUAACGCGAAAUCAAGCACUGGUGCUACAGAGGAAAAAUCAACUAGUUCUUUCAGUACAAAUCGAUCAUCUGAUGCUGAUGGAGCAAAGGGCGGUGGCGAAGAAAAUCAAGUUGCCAAGAAAGGGAGUCGCUUGAGAAAGAAGAUGUUAUUGGCUUCAGUGGAUCUGAAUUGCAAGUUGGUUGAUUUUGGAAAUGCAUGUUGGACAUACAAACAGUUUACAAAUGACAUUCAGACUCGACAGUAUCGGUGCCCCGAAGUUAUCCUUGGAUCAAAGUAUUCUACAUCAGCAGAUCUUUGGUCCUUUGCUUGCAUUUGCUUCGAGCUUGCAACUGGUGAUGUACUCUUUGACCCUCACAGUGGUGACAACUUUGACAGAGAUGAGGACCACUUAGCUUUGAUGAUGGAACUUCUAGGAAUGAUGCCACGCAAGAUUGCUUUCGGCGGUCGCUAUUCUCGAGAUUUCUUCAACCGAUAUGGCAAUUUGAGGCACAUCCGAAGGUUACGUUUCUGGCCAUUAAACAAAGUUCUGAUGGAAAAGUAUGAUUUCAACGAACAAGAUGCAACUCAAAUGGCAGAAUUUCUAGCUCCAAUCCUCGAUUUUGUUCCAGAAAACCGACCCUCUGCAGGGCAAUGCCUGCUUCAUCCAUGGCUGAAUGCUGUGCCUCGGUUGUUGGAACCAUCUCAGGAUCCCGGAACUUCCGAGGGGAAGAUGAUGGAGAAGGAAGUUAUGGAGGCAAUGGAGGAUGGAAUGAGAAAUAUAGCCAUUAGUUCAGAAUCUGAACUAGCUGAUGAUUCCCAGCAGUCCAAGUCCAAGACCAGCAAAAGCACUUCCUGAUGUUGGUAUCCGCUCCACCCCGUCUUUGUUUAUGUCGAUUUAGCCAUGGAGGUUGAGAUUUUAAAGAGGAAAUGGACCAGAGAGCUGAGUGAAGCAGAUGAAGCUUAGUAAGAAACUAGUAAUGACAAGGAUGAACGCGAAUACGAACACGAACACAACGCAACACUUGUGUUGGGAAUGUGGUGAAACAUGAAGUUUAUUUUGAUGAAGCUCAACGAUGUAUCAGUAAGUGGAGCCCAGAUGAAUGAUUUAGGUACUGCUACUGUUGAAAAAUAUCUUUUAAUUUUCGUUACCAUUUUACAAACGAAUAUAUUCCUUGUAUUCAUGUGGUCAGUUCAAUGUGAUUUAUUGGUUUUUAUAUUG